AAUUUUUUGUCUAUGAUGUUUAGGUUGGUCCUUUUUAUGUUAUUUUUGUUUGAUGUUUGAUUGAUUUUUUUGUCAAUAUAAGUGCAUUGAAAAUAAGAAUACCAAUCUACUUUUAGAUUUUUGGCCUACGCGGUCCGCAACCACCCCAUUUGCGCCCUUUUGUCCUCCCAAUUCGUGAAAAUCCCCCAAAUUUUAACCAAAGACUUGUCAAACGUCAUCACCGGGGGGAUGACUCAUCGCCCCCUUUAUCUAAUCGUGCACCAUGAGUGAAUGUGACGCCCCAAAUUGGCUCACCGAGCUUGAAAAAAAGCGUGAAAUCCGUCUAAAAGCCCGUUUGGGUCAUGAAGCAGGCGCCGGUGCCCCUUGUAUUACAUGUUCCGAUAAGUGCCCCGGUCUUGACUUGCAUUUUUGGCGAAAAAUCUGCAAGAAUUGCAAGUGUUCGAAGGAGGAUCAUGACGUCCACGACGAUGAUAUUUACGGUUGGGCUCAAUUCCAAUUAUUGGGGAGUAAACCAACGAGGACUAAACGGAAAAUUGUUUUGCCGGGGAAAAAGGAUGAAGUGGAGUUGGAGUGGGCCCCUAAGGGCAAUAGUGAAACAAUUGAUCGGUAUUUGAAGACUGUGGCACCUGAGAUGUUACCAGUGAAGGGGUCUCAAGCCGCCCAAGAACGGAAACAACUCCUCCAAAAACAGAUUCCGAUUCAUGAUUUAGAUCCAAGUCUUUGUCACGAAUUGACCGAUUCCGAAUUGAAUCAAAUGCAAGAUUACAUUAAACAUAUGAAAGGGAGCGCUGGUGUGGGGCAAAUCAUACAAUUUGGUAUCAAUUACGGCAAUUACCACUUGGGGGGGGAUCCCAAUGCUAAAAUUGUCUCUGAUCGAAUCCCUAAAACAAUUCCAGCCAUUGAAACCGUCCAAUUAUUACCUAAACACUUUGACAAGUUAUCAAUGAAAGAUCAAAAGGAACUAGACGCAUUUUUCGAUAAAAUCCCCAAACCUCACAAUAUGACAGUUCAUGCGGAAAAAUUAGGUUAUGUUAACUCACCUAAUUUGGAAAAUUCCGACAAUAACGCACAAUUUAUGUCUCCGGAAACGUCUUUGGGGCGUUUUGCGCGCGAAUUAAUCCCCCAUUCAAAUUUAACCAAUGAGGAUUUAGCUUGUGACGUGACCAAUCAAAAUGUUCCCGCGAAAUUCAAAACCGAUCCAAAUUCAAACAAAACUCUCCCUGAGUACAAUCCAAGUCUUUUAAACGUUCCAGAAAGUCAAUUAGUACCAAAUUCGGUGAAAAUCGGCUCAAUUCGCGAUAUUACAUACACUUCGGAUGUCAAAAGUGACAUUAAGACUGAAGAUUCAACCCCGGAGGAGGGAGUCCCCGAAAUCGAAACUAAACACUGUCGAAAAUGUCGCAAACAAUUCGCACCUGGUGAAUUUGCAAUAUUUGUCGAGAAAUCAACCGAUUUGUUUCACAAUAGUUGUUUCAAAUGUGCUGGUUGUAAUCAGAAUUUGGCCGAUUUGCUUUAUUUCUAUGAUAAAGAAUCCGGUGAUGUGUAUUGUGGGCGUGAUUUUGCGAAAAUUCGUGGAAUUCCUCGAUGUAAAGCUUGCGAUGAAUUGAUUUUUGUCAAGGAGUACUGUUUGGCGGAGAAUUCAACUUUUCAUUUGAAACAUUUUUGUUGUUUUGAAUGUGAUGAAGCUUUAGCUGGUCAGAAUUAUGUUGUUGAGGAUUCGCAACCGAUUUGUUUGCCGUGUUUUGAAAAAGUUAAAGCGAAUAAAUGUACGAGUUGUUUGAGAGUGAUUCGACCGGAUGAAGAAGGCUUGACACUGGCACCAGGAAUACAUUUUCAUACAGCUGAAGAGUGUUUUUGUUGUUCGGUUUGUAAAAAACCGUUGUUGGGGGCCAAGUUGUUGUUCAGGAAUGGGAAGUUGUUUUGCUCGCACGAGUGUUUUAGGAGUGAUAAUUAAUAAUUACAUUUUUAUACAAGUAUUUUUGUAAUAAUGUAUUAAGUGCCAUUACGUGGAAUAUGAAAUAAAAGUUCCUCAAUUUUGA